AUGGAUGGAGAGUUGCAGAAACGAAUGGAAAAAGCCGUUGGACGUACUCUCGGGGGUUUCUCCAGAUCGUAUUUGCGUCGGAAGCGUCUCACGUUGGCUCCGGAAGGAGCGCCUUUAUACUUCAUUGUUCGGCUCCAUCCAGCAGCAAGGCCGCCCACUGCCAUCGGAUAUCAGAACCGACUUGCUGUCGCGAGUCUGAGUCAUUUCGUAUACGAGCCUUUCUAUCUCUCAAGGGGAUCUACAACAGGGCAGAAACACCACUCCGGUGCUAGGCUGCUUGGCGUUUUGAUCUUGCCAUGCGGCCAUGCCGGACAGCCCUGUGUCAGGCCGAGACGGCCGAGAAACAAUCGAAGGAAUGCGGCUUAUAUCUCGAGAGCCUCGACGACGAUUCCCUGCAUGGAACCCUGUUGCCAGGAUGCUCAACGUCCGUCUAGCUCGACAAACAAUCCUUGCGCAUUUGAGUUGCCCUUGACUGAAGGAUUAACUCCUAGUGGAGGCAGAAAUGUUGUCUUGCGGUCUGCGAAACGACUGGUUACCAGAGACGCUUGGGUCGGGUUGGAAGCCAGCAAGAAGCCAAUCAACACCCCAAACCCGCUAUUGACGGAGGAGCAAUUUUCGACAGAAUUCUUUUCAAAGCCUUCAAUUCUGAGUCCUAUCAAGAGCUCUUCCCUCCCCAACGAAGCUACCAUCGUGCUCCCUUAUAGCGAUCUUCUUGAAAGCACUAAUUUAGACGAUAUGGCUAUUGCCCAGAGCUCAUCGAGCUUCAAGACGACCUCUUGCUUGUCAUCGACCCCGUUCCUGCAAGGCGUUUCCACCGAACAACUUGCUACUAGACCAACAUGCUCCCAUAGCUCGAAGGCACUGUCAACCGUCCGGUCUUGGCUUGCGCUCACGACGCCCACUGGUCCGGACUUUUCCGAAAACAGGACUUUCUUUGAGGGCCACGGGAUGAAGAUGCGGGAGCAGGAGGAUAUGGUUCGCAAGAUAUCCGUCGACCGAGGAGUUCACGGGAAGCAGGAGAUUCUUGGUGUUUUUUUUCGCGAAAAAGCCGGCCUGUCAGACGUGCCGUAG